ACACAACCUGCGUCUGUUUUCCUUACACAUGUUUAUAGACUUUCAAAGUCCGUUGGUGGACCCAGAGGUCGCACAAGCCCCGGAGUUAGGGCAGCACGGAGAGAGUUCUUGGAGAUCCGCGUUCUUCGGAAAAUAGAACAAUGGGCGCGCCAUCAUGUCGUUACACCACAAAGAGUCGCUCGUGUACCACCGGCAAGCGCAAGGUCCUCAGCCAACGAGCGCACAAAAAUUUCGAAGUUGGAUCGUGUGGGCGGCGCAUCGGGAUCAUUGUCAGCGCCGGUGCCUACUUCUUGCUGCUGCUUGCAACCAUCAAUGCGCGCGUUGCAGAAGGGAGACGGAUGCACAUCAUGACCGACUCCGGUAUGCAUUCGUUAGGUCUGGGAGGUUUGACGUGCAACACGAACCAAAACGGCCCGCAGCCCCCGGGAGAAACGCCCGACGUCCUGGUAGACUUGGCCUCGGUUUUUCACCUGCUCAGCCGCAACAAGCACAACGGGAAAUCGUUUCCCCUGGGCGACAUCCUAAACCCCGUGGCCAAGCAAGCGGUAACGCGGAGCACCUGGGAAGCCAAAUGCAGUGAGCGCGACGACUGGCUCACGACCCAGGGCAUGGGCCGACCGCUCGAGGACGUGCAGAAAAAGAUCGCCCGGUGGUAUCGCGAGGACGCCCUGCUGAAGGUGCUGCACAUCGGUCUUUUCAGUGGCGGAUCCAGCUCGGCGGCUCCCGAAAGCUGGCUGGUGCCGACGACCGCCGCCCCCACAACGAGUGGGCCUGGGGGCACGACCAACAGCGCCGGUCCAGGGGCGGGCCACGACGCCGACCGCACGCCCCGCCGGCGGCGGGACUCCGACCCCCGGCCAACUCUGCGGGUCGAGAACUCUCCUCGUGCAACGCACGUCCGGUCCCUAAGUCUGGAUGGUGCCCUGAUGUCACAGCAGCCUGGGCGUCCGCCGUUGCCGCACGCAAGUGAGUUUCUGCACUCUGCGCGCCCCGGGCACGUCCUGACUUCCCUGGACCCUCAGCAAAUGAAACAGCACCAACUUCUGCACGCCAGCACCGACGGUAGAAGUACCUCGCCAACGUUGAUGGCAGGAGCGUCGCCACCACCGCUCCCUCCGACCAAUGCGAACAGGUCUCCGAGAAGUAAGGGGGCCAGUGCCGGGUCGGAGCACAAACAGUGCUUACUGGUUGGCGAUGACCGCGCUCUGUACACCAGCUCGUAUUACCAGGCGCUGCGCCGCGGCGCGUGGGAGGCCUUUCACGAAGACACGCUGGGCAGGUUGGCCAAACCCGCUCCCGGGGUGCUUGCCCCAAAAAAGGUCGCGGGGCGGAUAUGAGAGUGCACAACUCCCCCUCCCCCUCAUUUCGAUUUGUAAUGCAUAAUCCCAAAUUCAAGCUGUGCCUCUUGGCAAUGUUUGCAUGACAAAGUUAUCCCUACUUAGAUAACGACAAAAGCUCACCCUGCAGCCGUCCCAGGAGCUCUUUGCUGUUGUCUCUCGGUAGUGAUCGCUUUGCCCAAGUCGAUUUCUGCUAGAGUUUGCUGGGUAUGAGGUUACCGUUUUAGGCUAUUUACACAGGGACGCCCUGCCCUUAGUUUCCCAACAUGACAACUUCUGGUAGUCAAAAUAGCACUCCACACCAGUGUAAAUUUGUCAUGCAAAAUCGGCAUUCUUGCUGAUGCUUGUAUUGCCGUUCAUGCUAUACAAAUAAGGGGGAGGGGGAGUUGUGCACUGUCAUAGCGGAGGCGAAAAAUUCUCAAGAAGGUAUUGGCGUUUCCCUUCCGCGCGAUCGCGUACCCGUUUCACAAAACGGCACAGAUGCUCACGGGCGAGGAGCGCGAAAAGUACCGCAACAGCCACGACCACGAAAAAUACCACCAGCAGGCCGACGCGUCGGAGCUGCUCGCCGCGACGCCGGAGAUUAUUGACCGCGACUCGCCGUACGCAGCCGGCCACGACGGGCGCGUCUUGCUGAAGUGGUGCGAUAUCAACUGCAAAAAUGUCUGGGUCUGGAAGAUUGCCAGGUUUGUCAUGCAUAUUUUGAAUGACCCAUGAUGUCUGUGAUGCAUGCUCUAGCGUCACAUACUUUGAGAGGACUUUGUGACUCCUCUACCGCAUGAGAAAUGCCCUCUCCGCGUAGCACAAACUGGAGUCCUCUUGCUGGUCAUGCAAUACAAAUUUUUUUAGAAUUUAGCGUCAGCAUUACAAGUUUAGAAGCUUUCCGACCCAGACACUUUUGCAAUCCAUAUGCGACCCGGAGAUGCACUUUCAGCUGGGCAUCGACGACUACAAGGUGCCGCUUCGCACCCGCAUCCUCGGCCACGCGUUCUCCCGGCUCGUCGACCACCUCUCUUCCGACGUGCGUCUCAAGUUCAAGAUCCCGCUCGGGGAAGCGGACUGCUUCUUCAAAAACCAGCGCAACGUGGUCUUCAACAGUUACGCAGCGAGUGCAGACUACGACGAAUUCUUCUCGAUGGAACUUUUUGCCGGCCUCCAAUGCAACCUCGUUGGCGGUUUGCCGCCCGCCGUUGUGGAUCUGUUUUGGAAACUCAAAGUCGUCGGCCCGAAGAAGGAGCAAAUAAAGCCUGCUGGGGCGGCUGGUAUUUCUAAAUUUGCAGAUCACGGCGCUGACGAGGAUAUUGACAUCGAUGAGCGAAUCACUCGACAGCAAGAACGACGGGACCUCGCCAGGGGCCUGCCGCCCGCGAUGAAUAGACCCAGUACUACGACUACUAGAGGCAGUGCAACAUCCGGCUGCUGCACCGCGGGACUGACCGCUUCGAAGGCAAAGAGGCGUCACCACAGCGCGGACCACAGGGGACGCGCUUUGCACCACGGAGCUGCAACUUCCGGCCAUAGCACGACCCGUGGUCCUCAACAUCUUCCGGACGUAGCGGUCAGUUCUGAGUUUGACGUGGGCCUGCGCGGGUCGCUCGCGGUGGUAAACGCGGUGUCCAGCAUCCGCAGACAGAUUCUCGGGGCCUACAAGGAGAAUGUGAAAAACGGGCUGCACUCCAUAAUCCUGCAACAAAUUCCGCAGACCAAAGAGCUCCGGUGGGGCGCGAAAUUGCGCGACUGGCUGCCGACGAAGCAAACGGCGUUGAACGAGCUCGAGACGGUGUACGAGCGCAAGCAGAAAGCCGUCGAGAACGUGCUGGCCGAGGCCGAGCGGGCCAGAACUUUGAAACUGAAAGAGCUGAAAACGGCCGGUGGCGCCGCCACGACAGCUGCUGCCCUCUUGAAGAUGUCCGCACCGGGUCGUGGUGGAACGUCAAGCGAAGGAGAUGACGAGGGCGAGCACUUUGACGACGAUCUCACGUCCGCUUACCAGGCGGAUAGAAGACACGUCGCUGACAACGACGCGAAUCUCCAACAGGUGGAACAAGUAGAAGAAGAACACCUGGUAGCCUGGAACCUGCGCGACUGGCCCCUGCAAAGCAACGAGUGCACUCUAGGCGUGGACUGCCGCGAGAAGCUUCCGCCCAUGAAGCUGCAAGUUCUAGAGGUAGACACAGCAACCAGUGGAAAGAAAGAAAAGACGAACCGAAAGAUGACGAUCGAGAUCGGCUUUCCCCAGUUCGUUAUGACAGUGCACAACUCCCCCUCCCCCUCAUUUGUCAUGCAAAAUCCACAAUCCCGCACCCCCCCCGGGCUUGAGUUGCGCAGUCUGUUAAGCAUGACAAAUACCGGAAGCCCAAGCAGUACUACAGACGGCGAGUGAACUUGUCAUGCACUGGCUCCACGUGUGCCGGUGUUUCGAUUGCUGUUCAUGCACUACAAAUGAGGGGGAGGGGAGGUUGUGCACUGUCAUAUUCGUCGCCGGGUUUUUAGAAGUGACCAAUCUGCUGCUGAAAGAGCUAGAUCUCGCCUGCUACUGGACGCACGCACACGAGAUGGUGUUGGCUUUUGGCAACGGAUACGGCGACAAGGCGAGCGGCGCCCGGCCGGGCGUCGCCGGCGGACGCAACUAUGGUCAUGGGGUGACCGGGGCGGGGCAAAAUAUGAUGUCAACUGCUGCUGCCGGGGUGAAGAACCGAGACCACCUGCUCCAGGCGGAGGACGAUGAACAAACUCUCUUUGGUUCUACCCGCCUGGCCAGGGGCGUGCGGCGGGCACGCACUGCGUUGCUCGAGGCAGAUCCCCUGAACACUACGAGCGUGACGUCGGCCGAUAGCGCCGAGUUCGAAGACGCCAUUGACCCGGACGUGCAGCAGUCCAUCGGGAGUCGGAAAAUCGACACACAGUACGUACCGCAUCUGGCCUUCAAAUUGCAAGCCCGCUGCGACGACCUGACGCUCUUUAAACACUUCGCGGGCGUGAGCGUCGAAGCGAGCUGGGAGUUUGUGCUGGCCGGUAACGCGCUGGACUACCAGCAAAAGGAAGAUGGCAGUGGAGAGUCGCGAACUAGUAUCAAAGACCGCAAAAUCCACCUGCUCGACUGGUUCGAAAUCACGAAGCUGAGCGCGGAAAUGAUGGGAACACACCAGUUUCCGCUGGAUGGCUGGGUCGUCAAGCAGUUGCGGGGACUGCUACGAGAACAGGUGCUUGGACCGACCGCAUGGGAACUGCAGCAACUCGCAUCCAAAAUCCACAUCGUCUGAACAACAGACGGCGUGAUGAAACGGGUAGCAGUAGCGACCGUAGCUAAUGAACCCGGCCCAAUUCAUCAAAUCUAGCGAAGACGUGAAAAAUGAAGAGCAGAAGCAUUUUACGCAUCAAAGAUUUUGAAAGAGAUGCAGUAGAUCUUGCAAGUGUACCAAAUGGAAAUGAAGCUGAAACCACUAUACUUUUCUGUUGUUUGAAAAAUGUAAAGGACGCUAGUUUUUCUCAAAUGUUGAUAUUUGCAAUCUGUUGUCUGCAAAACGCAACUGAUUCUUUCGUACUACAACUUUUCUGAUGUCUGAUAAAAUGCAAAGACUUCAUCAUCUCUAAUAUCAGGAAUGCGAUGAUGAAAUACUCGACCGAAUUCAAAUACCUAUUUCAUUUGCAGUGCCGU